AUGGCUGUCACAAGACCUAUUCAUCAAACUCUUAAAGGGCGUCCUACGCAACGGACUGGGCCACUACGUGUCAGGGUCAGCCACGACUCUCCUUCAUCCAGUGGCCCCGGGGAGUUUGUGGAGCAGCACGUGACGGACUUCGCGCGUAGGAACCCGGAGGUCGUGGUCUACGUGACAGCAAAGAAAUGCCACGCGCCCCAGCUGGUGGCGGAGUAUCUGAACGAUUCCAUCCAGGAGGUAGCUAUCAGUAAUAAGACAGUCGAGGAGAUCGCUGCGCUUAUCCAGAAGCUCGCCGACCAGUCGGGCCUGGACGUAAUCAGCAUUCGGAAGCCCUACCACACGCACCACCCCAGUAUCCAGGGGCAGUGACACCCCUUUACCAACAGCCCCCCCCCCCAGCUGGGCAGGGAAGUCAUCGCCCGUCGCCCCGACCGUCAGCCCCAGUAA